AUGGAGAAGCCGGAUGAGCCGUCCGAGGAGAGCAAGAAGACAACAAACCUUUCCAACUGCACCUGUGAAGCCCCCCAACUCGGCAAGAAACCAGUUGGGACCCGAACGCAGGUGCUUAUCUCGAGGCUGUCAAAGGCACAGUAUGUCAUAUUCCUGGGGACUACCUUUCAAAGCCAUCGCACCAGCACAGCUAUCAAGAGACUGGGAGAAAAUCAAACUUUUUGGAUCACAGCAAUAGAUAAUGACUUAUACAAUCACUUUCUGAGCGACAACAACUGUGAAAGCAUCGGCUGGGGUGAACAGCCUGGAACUGACAUCUUAUCCCACAGACCACUUGGAGGACUACAAUUAAAGAUGGAUUCAGAAGGCGAGGAGCAAACCUAUCAAACAUGUAAUGGCAGCACAGGACUGGCAGAAUGCACCAGUGAGACCAACAGCCCAUACGGGUCCAUGGUGAGGAAGAGGAGCGCCCAGGAAGGGGCGCAGGGUGCCCCUGUCAAUAAGAGAAAGUCCCUGCUGAUGAAGCCCCGCCAUUACAGCCCCAGCGAGGCAUGUGAAGAGGAGAGUGAGGACCUGGCACUGCCACAGGACAAAGAAGAGCUGAGGAACAUUGACACUCCAGCAGACGGAAACUUCAAAGACGCUGAUGGAGUGCCAAACAAAAUCUGCUACCCUGAUGCAGCAGCAAAGUCCAUCAGUUCACUAGGAUGGUCUGAAGUCACAUCUAAUGGAUCUCCACAAUAUGAGCCAGAUACCUCUGAGCCACUGAUGGCAGAUGAUGAUGACGACCUUCUUAAUAAUGAGGAAGAUGACCAAAGUCAAGGCAGGAUGAGUGGCACAUUAUCACCACAGAGUCCAUACGGAGACACGAGGGAGGCUGAGUGGGAGCCGUUGUCUCUGUCUGCCAAGGGGAACAGCUCAAACUGCAGUCCCUCCAGAGCCUCUGAAGACCUUUUAGUCAGGAACAGCCACGUGAAAGAAGAGCACAUCCCAGAGUUAGAUGCUCCAAUGAGCAGAGCGAGUAUUUUUCAAGCUGAAGCUUUAAGGUACAGACUGCUCCCCACUGAGGACGACAGCGAUGAGGAGGCAGAGGCGGAAAGGCCACCUCGGCUCGAUGGCUGGGCUCUGGGCCUUCAAGACAGAGGUCUGGAAAUGAGUAGAGGAAGAGUGAACCUGAACCUGUUAGAGCAGGCCAUUGCACUCCAGACGGAGCAGAGACAGGUCCUACACAAUGCCUACAGAGAGAUGGACCGGUUCCUCAUGGAGCAGAUGACCAAUGAGAGGAGGCACCACAGGAUGAUGGACAUGGACAACAGGUUUAACUACAAUGGAGGGAAAGAUUCGCCACGGACAGAUAAAAAGGACAUAAAGUGUCCAACCCCUGGCUGUGAUGGCACCGGUCAUGUUACGGGUCUCUACCCGCAUCACAGGAGUUUGUCUGGUUGUCCUCACAAAGUCAGAGUCCCCCCAGAGAUUCUGGCCAUGCAUGAGAACGUACUCAAGUGCCCCACGCCCGGGUGCACAGGAAGGGGCCAUGUCAACAGCAACCGCAGUACCCACCGGAGUCUCUCAGGCUGCCCCAUUGCUGCUGCGGUGAAAGUCUCCAAACCUCAGGACGAGAGCCUGAAGUGCAGACAAACACCUGACCGCUCACCGAGGGCCAUUGGAUUGAUAAAGAAGUUUGAAAUGAAUCAGUUGAACUACAGGCUCUCUCAUCCAGUAGCAGCCUUACAAACUAGCCUCACAAAAGAUAUGGACAAGUACAGCAGAAUUCGCUUUGAUUACGCCAGCUUUGAUGCACAAGUUUUCGGCAAACAACCACUACUGGGGCCCAACCCGGACCAUGAUAUUUCCCAUUACCCUGACUCACCUCAGCGGUAUCCUGGCUUCCUCGGCACUCCAGGUGGCCGCUUGCCCACCUCUGGCCAGCACAGCCCACCAACUCAAUUCAAGAAAGAAGACGGUCUCCAGGCUGCGGCCGCCACAGCCGCCAUUCUCAACCUUUCUACCCGCUACCGGAAAAACAUGGAGGCUGUCACCGGCCGGCCCUUGACAACCUCCACAAAGGACAUGCUCAUAGAGGUGGAUGAAAAUGGCACUCUGGACCUAAGUAUGAAGAAGUGCAAGGAGAAUGGAAAAGCUCAGAGCAAGCCUCCCCCGGACGACCCGCUGUCUUCUCCGGAGUCCAACGUGGCCAAAGGCGGGAGUGUGCUGAUCAGUCCCGCCUUCUACCAGCCGCUGUGUGAGAGAGACAGCUGGGAGAACCCCAUCCCCGUCAACUUCAGUAAAGCCCUCGCUUUACAGGAAAAAGAGCAGGAGGAUUAUGAUCAGGUCUCUUUGGAAGACCAGCACUAUCAAGGAGACGGCAGUAUGCUAAGCUCCAAAGCCAAACUGCUACUACGAGAUUCAAAGAAAGAGCUUUUGAGCUGUCCAACCCCAGGCUGUGACGGCAGUGGCCAUGUGACAGGGAAUUAUGCUUCACAUCGGAGUGUGUCUGGAUGUCCCCUGGCUGACAAAACCCUCAAAUCACUGAUGGCAGCCAACUCUCAGGAACUAAAGUGCCCAACACCUGGCUGUGAUGGAUCUGGACAUGUGACUGGAAACUAUGCUUCACACAGAAGCCUGUCAGGAUGUCCACGUGCCAGAAAAGGAGGUUUGAAGCUCACACCAAACAAGGAUGACAAAGACGAGCAGGAGCUUAAGUGUCCAGUUAUCGGAUGUGACGGACAGGGCCAUAUAUCGGGAAAAUACACAUCCCACCGCAGUGCAGGCAGUUGUCCACUUGCUGCCAAAAGACAGAAGGAGUCCUCCAUCAAUGGGCUGCCCUUUGCCUGGAAGGCCAAUAAACAGGAACUGCCUCAUUGUCCCUUGCCUGGCUGCAAUGGCCUUGGACAUGCCAAUAAUGUGUUUGCCACUCAUAGAAGCUUGUCAGGUUGCCCACUGAAUGCACAGAGUAUUAAAAAGAAGCACUCAGAGGAGGAGAUGAUGACUAUCAAACUCAAAGCCAGCAGUGGUGUUGAAAACAGAGAAGACAUUCAACAUUUGGAUAAUGAAAUCAAGGAAUUGAAUGAUUCAAACAUGAAAAUUGAAGCAGACAUGAUGCAGCUUCAAACCCAGCAGAUUUCAUCGAUGGAAUGUAACCUAAAGACAAUUGAGGAGGAAAACAAAAUGAUUGAACAGCACAAUGACAGCCUCCUGAAGGAGCUGGCUCGCCUUAGUCAAGCUCUCAUCAACAGUCUAACAGACAUUCAGCUGCCUCAAAUGGGACCCAUCAGUGAGCAUAAUUUUGAAGCCUAUGUGAACACAUUAACUGAUAUGUACAACAACUCGGAGCAUGAAUACUCUCCGGAGUGCAAGGCCCUCUUGGAUAAUAUCAAACAGGCUAUUAAGGGCAUCCAUGUUUAAGCUGUAGAGCUACCAAGAGGUUUCUUUGACUUGGGAUAAUGGCACUAGAUAGCUCUAUUUUACUGAAGAGUGCUGGCUCGGCUGCAUGUAUAAGACAAGGCUUUUGGAAAAAGGCUUUUGGAAAUGUGUUUGGCAUUUCCCGGUAAACACACUGCACUGAGAAAAUUACCAGACAGAUUUGUAAUGCUUUUACUGUUUCUGCAUUCAAUUGAUAUGUUCAUCCUGGUGAGAUUUUUUACCCCUCUCUUGCACUUAAUUAUUUUGUAUGGUUUGCUUGAUUUGAAUCUGUAUGUGUUCAUGUCAUUCUUGUAUUAUUGCUAUUUAUUAUUAUAUUUGUUCAUCAGUGUAUUUAUUUCCCUGAUUUUUAUUUAUUUCUCGAAUUGUAAAUGCUUAAUAUUUGAGAAAUCUGUUGACUUUCUGCACAUUGUAAAUUAUAUAGAAACAUUCCAGUUUCAUGGCAUACUUUCGCCAUCUAGUGUUGAAAAACCUAUACGAUUAUUACUGUUAUUAUGAGACAAUAGGUUGAAUUUCCCUUCAAAGCAAAACUUACCAAAACGACUAAGCAUUAAUAUUUUUAAGCAUUGCUUUCGCUUUCUUUAUUGGAAAAUGAAUGUAUGGUAGGGCAAAGUGUGAUAAAAAUAAAAUGCAAUGCCACUGUACUGUAACUUUUUCUAUUCAACCAAUAACAGCUGAAUGCAACCAGGAGGUGACACUGAGCAAGGAUGCAACAGAAUUCAAAGAACUGAAUGUCGGAUUUUGCUUUGCAACGUGUGCCCCAAGAAGAGUGCAACAUGAAUUACAAGUUCACUUUGUCAAGAUGUCUUUUCUUUUUUUUUUUCUAAAUAUAGAUAUUAAACUGCCUUCUGUGCACACACGUGGGAGUGUGCACAUAGUAUGUGCCUAAAUGUAUAUGAAUCCAUAAAAAUAUACAAGUAAUAUGUUUUGUGGUAGGACAGUAUUAUGUGGAUGGUGUCUGAUUUAUUAUACAGUACAAUUAUUUUCAUAGGAGGACCCGUUCCUGAUGACUGUUUGAAUACCGUUGUUUCAGUAGCUGUAACCUCAGAGCCCAGCUUUGAAAAUAUUGUGACUGAGAUUGAAAGUCUGGUGUUUAUUUUCAUUUUUGCUCGCAUGAAGUGAGGACAAAACUGAUUCUACUCCCUCUUUUACCCUAAAACUGCUGACAGGCCUUAACAUUUCAACCAGUUUUAAAGUUUGAAUGGUCUUGAGGCAGAUUUGAAAAAAAGCUGUUUCAAAACGGAACCACAACGACAUGCAGUUCAGUUUAAUCGCUAAAUUUGUGUUAUUUAAAAAUCUUAAAAAACAUAGUUGAUUGUUAAUUGAUUGUUUGUUUGCAUCAAUUGCACUUUUGUACUGAAAUAAUUUUGUGUUUUUCUGCCCUUGGCUUCAGCUAAAACAAAAACAUGGGUGAUCAUUUCACUGUUCCAUAUUUUUUUAAUCUCUCAACCUUACAUAAAGGUAAUCCACUGGUUAAAGUGAAUUCAUUUAAGCAAUACAUUUUUCAUUUCUGCAAACAGAAGUCAAAGACAUGUAGCCUGGGAGGUUUUUGAAGAAAAAAGAGAACAGCAAGGAGCCAAAUUACAGAAAUAUCGGACCCUAUUUUAUCCAAAUAUCCAACAUCUUAAAAAUAAUCUUUUUUAAAAAAUUAAUCACAUUCUUUAAACCUUACAAUCCUUUAUCAUUUUAUUUAACUCCUAAACCACACAUUGUUUGCUCAGGAAGUUUUGUGAAUAAUAUUUAUUUUUAUUUUCCUUGUUAGUAUUUGAUGUUUUGUAAUGUGAAAUGCUUUUUUGUGGAACAAUAGUAGUAUGAUAUGAAAUUGUA